UCGGGGACGGGAUGGGGAGGGGGCUCAGGGGCGGGGCAACAGGGGCCCGGGGCCGGGGCGUCGUGGAGGGGCGGGGCCGUGGACCCGGGGGCGGGGCGUUAGGGGUAGAGGGUUGAAGGUUGGGGGCCGAGGGGCGGGGGAGGGGUCCCUCCGGGGAGAGGCGUCCGAUAGCGGCCUGGGCGUGGGAGCUCCCACUCCGUUGUGCCAGCAGCUGGCUCGCACCAGCGCCCCUCGCAGCGCCUCCGUCCCGCAGCCCUCCGGUGUCCGGCCUCCGGACCGCGUCUCUGACCGCCAUGGCCGCCGCCGCCGCGGGCGUGCGGGCUUUCGGGGCCAAGGGGCCCGGCUGGCUCCGGCGCAGCCCGUGGGCUCCGCUCGUCGCCGGCUUCUGCAGCCGCGGGACGGCCGGGGCCGGGCAGCCGGAGCCCGGGCCGCGACCCACCAGCGUGCGGCAGCAGGACGGCAUCAGGAACAUCGUCUUGAGCAACCCAAAGAAGAGGAACGCACUGUCACUAGCAAUGCUGAAAUCUCUCCAGAGUGACAUUCUUCAUGAAGCCGAAAGCCAAGAUCUGAAAGUUAUUGUCAUUUCAGCUGAGGGGCCUGUAUUUUCUUCUGGGCAUGACCUAAGGGAACUGACGGAUGAGCAAAGCCCAGAUUAUCAUGCUGAAGUGUUUCGCACCUGUUCUGAGGUCAUGAUGCUGAUCCAGAACCAUCCCGUCCCCAUCAUUGCCAUGGUGAACGGCUUGGCCACUGCUGCCGGGUGUCAGCUGGUUGCCAGCUGUGACAUCGCCGUGGCGAGCGACAAGUCGUCUUUUGCCACCCCGGGUGUGAACCUGGGGCUCUUCUGCUCCACCCCCGGGGUCGCCCUGGGGAGAGCAGUGCCUAGAAAGGUCGCCUCAGAAAUGCUUUUUACUGGGGAGCCCAUUUCUGCUCAGGAGGCCUUGCUCCAUGGGCUGCUCAGCAAAGUGGUGCCCGAAGGGCAGCUGGAGGAGGAGACCAUGAAAAUAGCGAAAAAGAUUGCCUCCUCGAGCCGUCACGUGGUGUCUUUGGGCAAGGCCGCCUUCAACAAGCAGCUGCGCCAGGACCUUAGAACGGCCUACCACCUCACCUCCCAGACCAUGGUGGACAACCUGGCCCUGCCGGAUGGGCAGGAGGGGAUCAAGGCCUUCAUCCAGAAGAGAAAGCCCAUCUGGGCACAGUGAGCCGGCCUUCCCAGAGGAAGGGAGCGGAGAGAGAACAGUGCUCAGGAAGCCCCCACCCCUGCCUUCUGGGCCCCAAACACCACUGCUGCCUUAUGAUUAUAAUGGAAGACAGCCUGCUUUUCUAACAUUAGUAAUGGCUGCACUGCAUGUGUCUGUGUUAAAAACCACAGUCCCAUGGGGAAAGGAUGGAAUGGAGAGUGAGAAGUGCUUAAGGGUAGUGAGCGCCUCUGCUGGCUGGCUCUGGCAGAAGGCUGCUAUUUGGUAUGCCCCUCCAUAGAAGCUUCCAUGAGGGACCACCCUGACACGGGAGGAGGUGACGAUAAACCGAGACGUGAAAGAAGGAUGCCAACCAGACCUUGCUCUCAGAAACGUUCCCUAAGGUGGAGGUUGUUCUGGUUCCCCCAGAGAGCUGAAACAUUUCCCAUCUCCACGAGAUACUCUCCACACUGAAAAUCUUCUUGAGUCUUGAGAAAUCAUCAUGCCUAUGGCCUUGGAAUAAACUUAUAUGAUUUUAAAUGAUUAUUUAGAGAGACUGCUGAUUUUAUCUUCCCACCCAGACUGUAAACUAUCUGAGAAAAGAAAAAUACCAAUUUACUCUUUCUUUGUAAGCCCAGAAUGAUGGACAGGUCAUAGGUGCCUGAUGUUCCUGUAAGGAAUGUCCUGGCCGUCCAACAUACUGUGAAACUGGGACCCUGGGCCAAACCUGAGGACAAACACACGGAGGAGAGGUAGGAGGGACGCAGAACACAUGUUCCACCCACCGAGAAUCACCUGCGCCAGGGAUCUUUGCAAACUCUGCUCAGCUUCUGGUGAAGAAUCCAACCUAACAGCAGACACGCGAAUCCCCCGGCUGGGCUAGCGUUUGGAUCAUGAGCUAACAUUGUUUUCUGGCUGCUGGUCCAGUAUGGCCCAAGAAUGUUCUAAAUCUCUCAUCCUCCAGCUUGCCCAGUGGACUGAUCUUUUUUUUUUUUUUAAAGCAAAUUUAUCUUACCUAAGAGUAGAAAGGGGCCAUAAAUGUGAUUGGUACCACUGCCAAAGAUAAAGAGCAUCGUGCAGCUCUACCAUGGUUCCCGCUGAGCUCGCUGGGGCAGGCCUGUCUUGGUGUGGAAAUCCCAUCGUGUUUUCACGGGUUUCUAUUGAUCUUGGCAAUUGUUUUCUUUGCUAGAGUUUAGAAAGGUGAAAAAGAGUGCUUUCUGGGGAAGGAGGAGCUUGUUAUUAAGAGUGCUCCUCCUGAGCAGAAAGAUGAGCAGAGCUGCCGUUUACUGGACACGUGGUGGGUGCUGGGUACCCUCUGCAUUCUCAUUUCAUCCUCACCAGAACCCACACAGCAGUGCCUACAAGUAUGUCCAACUUACAGAUGAGUGCUUGAGACAAAGGUCAGACAGCUGAGACGGGGUAGAGUGAGGGCUCCAACCUGCCUCAGAAAGCCCUGGAAGCCCUUUCUGCUGGCCCACCCCAUGGGGAGGUCCUGGGCUGGCCUGAGGCCAGCCUGAGGGAUGGCUUCUCUGUGCUGCGGCAGCUCUCCAAACAAAGCAACGGACCAAGUGUCCUCGCUACAGAACGUAGCGCACAAGGGACAUCAGAUUUGACUACUGACAGACCACUAAUGGAGUUUUCACGACGAAGCUAGCAGACAGCUGGCUGAGAUUCUGAAGUAGCUUGUGAAGGACUGGGUUGUCGUGGUCUGCUCAAAAAUAAUGCCGUCCAUGGGGCCCUACCGCUGCUUCCUCUCCAGGCACCUGCUGUGGAGGCUGCCAUCUGGCCACCACACAGUGUGGAGAGGGGGUUAUAUACGCUCUCUGGGCCUUGGAGAAGCUAACAAAGCCGCCUCCCACAUUUGGCAAACCAAAACCAAAAGUUAACUUCCCAGUUUCUGUGUGAGUCACACCAGACCCUCAAACCAGGAGAUCCUGAGGCCUCUGGGCCAGCGUCCCAGCCUGCGAGCCGAUGUGCGCCCAGGGACCAGCUAUAAAUCUUAAUAGUCGCCUGUGCAGAAAAUAAUCCAGAAGGAAAAUCUGCUCCCCAGCCUCCAGUGUCAUAUAAUUCAUCCCCUUGGCUAAUAGGAAUUUGGGGUUAAUUUGUAUCUCUGCUUCCUUCUACUGGGCUCUCGAAUGAAAAGUCUCUGGUAACCACACUUGAUUGCUUUUGGAAAGCCCGGUAUAUCCAUCUUUCCCUUUGCAUCAUUUGCAUCUCAGGGAGCUUUGCUCAGCUCAGUCCGGCAGACCACACCCCAGGAGGUCCAGGGGCUGAGCAGUCAGUGCCGUGGGUGUUCACGCUGCUCAGCCUGAGGAAGAGAUCAUUCUGAAGGCUGGCUGGAGCCCUGGAGAGCAUGAGCCAGUGGAGCGAACGACAGGCAUCAGCUCCCUGAUUCACUUUACAUCAGUGACCUUGGAGGGAGUUGCUGUGUGACAGCACACGCUGAUUUAAUGAGCCUCAAUUCUUGCCAGGCAGCCCGUGAGGUAGCUCUUACUUCCCCCGGUGUAUAAAAGGCUCAGAGAAGUAGAGGCAUUUGCCACGGUCGAGCCAGCCUGCGGGUUUGGAUCUGUGUUGUUCUGAAUCCUGCGCUCCUGACUACCACGCCAUAUGCCUCCCAACCUUCCAAAAAGAUUACCGUUCCAGCCUGGAGGGACGGACUUCCAGGGCGCUGAAAGGACACCAGUCAGAAUGGCACGGCCAGGGCAGCAUAGUGUUGCUUCUCGAAGGGGAUUCAGGGGAGAUAGCCCGAUUGAACGGCAAGAGUGCCGAGGACCAGCUGUGUCACUGUGUGGAGGCGACGUGCCCUCUCUCAGCACUCAGUUUCCCUUCUGCAAAAAUGACGCCUUUGGACACCCUUGUCCUGUUAGUUCUGACGUUCCGGAUUCUGCAGUACCAGGUUUGGGAAACUUGCCACAAAACUUGAAACAGGUAGCUUCUGCUCAAAGAAAAUGCUCUUUACAAAUGGAGAAGAUGGGAGAUUUACCCUGAGAGGUGGUGAACCUUGCAAACACCGGGUUACACUUGAGAACGAGAAAGCCAGAUGCUCAGAGCUUUGGGGCCACACCUGAACCUUUUGACGAUGCCAUCGGCUAGGAAGACCCUACAGGAGGUGGACUCUGUCGAAAUUGGCGAUUGCCCUUCAUUUUGUCCAGGGGCAUUAUUCUCCCCUUCUCUCUCUCCUUCCUGUGAAAACCCACUGCACUAGGAGUCGCGCUUCAGAAGUGUGGCCCAUGGACGAGCUAUCUGUUCAAAUGCAGGUUCCUGGGCUCCACACUUGCCUUACUGACUCACAAAUUCUGAUUCCUGGGGCCCAAAGGUAUGCAUUUAAAAAAAGAUUUCCAAGUGAUUCAGCUGCACCCCACAAUGUGGGACCCCCUGCCUCAGGGUGGAGGUGAGGGGCAUCUCUCCAGUAGUACCUGCCUUUAAAAGUCGAAGCAGUGCGGCUUCUGUGAUGAUGUUAUGAUCAGUCACUGUUGGCUGGGAGAGGGAUAUGGGGAGGCUGAGCCCUCCAGGACCCUCUGAAAAUCUCCCACGGGGGCAGGUCGCGGGGUCUUCACAGGCCUGGGAGCUCAUGCUUCCGAAGCCCCACCCCACAUCACAUAAAACAGCAAAAUGCACCCCUAUUCCACACUAAAUCUAAUUCUCUUUAGGGAAAGAAGUUGAAUAAUUUGCUUUCAAAUUUAGUUUUUCAUAUGUGAUUAAUUAAGGAUUAUUAUUUCUUGGCAAUCAUGAAGUAGGCGAGAGUUAAAUUCAACAUUAUUGAAGUUGACGUUAAAGUUAAUAAAAUAGUAAAUUUCA